GCGUUUGUUUCAGGAUGUACACAGAAGAGGAAGCUAGGAAACUAGGAGUGGUUGGCUGGGUUAAAAAUACCAGCCAAGGAACUGUAACAGGCCAAGUUCAGGGCCCAGAAGAUAAAGUAAAUGCAAUGAAGUCCUGGCUGAGUAAAGUUGGAAGCCCAAGUUCUCGCAUCGACCGAACCAGUUUUUCCAACGAGAAGGAGAUUCCCAAGCUUGACUUCACAGGGUUUAGCACUAGAUACUAA